AUGGCAGAGACUGGGCAUCCUGUGGCGAAGUUGUAUCCACUGGAGGGAAAUGUUCCCUUGGAUUCUACCCUCUCUGGUCAGUCCCUGUUUGACAGCUCCGAGAGCUCUAAACAGGCAAUAAGCACCUCUACACUGGCAGGUUACAAGUGCCAAGAGGAGGCUAAAAGUCAGAUCUGUAAAGGACAUUCUUCUACUCUUCCAACUGAAGAAACUUACAGCAGCAGGCUGAGGGUCAGCACACAGCCUGCUGAACUGCAGCAAAGCGCAUCUGAACACUGCGCGCUCCCCAGGGCUUCAAGCCACCCACCUACUCUAGCUGAGACACACACACCCUCACACCACCACAGGGCAGUUGUGAAUGAAAACAAAGACAACCCUGAGUCUGCCAGGACAUUGCAGAGUACAGGGUCAACAUCUCUGCCUGUUCACAGGAGUCACUCCGACACUUUACGUCAGGUUAAACAGGGAGUGCCUCCCCAGGCUCCAGACAGUGAGACUUAUGGACUUAGUUGUCAUGGAGGAGAUAAAAACAUGCAAGAGGCUGAGACUAACUCCGAGCUAGCCCAUAAGCAGCCCAUACAUUUGCAGCAGUGCAAUGUUGACACUACUAUUUACAGAGGAGCCAACAAUGGAGAAUCUGGUGUACAGCAGCCUCAAGGUAUGUGUAUUUGUUUCCCAUCUUCAGAUGCAGCAGUCAGAGUACAGCGUGCUGAAGAAGAAGGCCAUCUCCCCACUAAAUGUGACAAAACACUCUGUUAUGACUCUUAUGUCCACCAUGCCAAUUUUGAAGACACAUUUGCUGCUUACUGCCAUCCCCAGCCCAUUCCUGCCCCUUCCCGGCUGUUGCCACGCCUGGCAGGCAUAGAGCCAAGCUGCAAUAUUCGGUGUGCUGUGGCACCUCCUCCUGCAGCCAACCACCUUACCCUGCCGCGUCUCAUCUCCUCCGUCAGUGAGACAGGCCUAGAUGCCAAACAUCUAAUGCGAUGCUGCAACCUCAGCUGCUCUUGGAUCAGUUCACUGCCUCCUGGUACUUGCCCACAAUCUCAAAAGCACCUCAGCAGAGAGGAGUGCUGCAGUAGUUCAGUUGGUAAAGUCAGAUCCAUAGUCCGUGACAUGGGGACUAUGACAGCCCAUAAAGUUCUAAGGGAUGUUGGGGUGCAGACAAGUCAGACCAUCAGUUCUCAUGUGUUCCCCCAGGUCUGUCUGGCGGACAAGUGCAGAAAUGAGCCCUCCUGUAUCCUAACUCCAAACAGUGACAGUGAUGGAAGCAAGAAACCGGGUGGUGCUCCCAAAUCUCCAGUGAAGGAGGUGAAGUGGGAUGCAGAAGGGAUGACAUGGGAAGUGUAUGGGGCUUCUGUGGACCCUGAGGAGUUAGGCAUAGCCAUCCAGAGACACCUGGAGCUGCAGAUCAAGGAAACAGCAAGCCAUGCAGCCAAGUUGUCACGCCAAAACACCAGCACCUCCCAGCAGGGCAAAAAUACCAGCUGUCAGAGAAAGAGGAGCAGGAUGAUGAGCUCCAUCCGAACCCCGGUCUGUUGCAGUCGGAGCACUGCAGCUGUUGACUGACUCACCAGCUGACAGAUGGAGUGAACUUGAACACUGAACUGACCUGAACUUCAGCCUCAAAUGUCAUCCACCUGAGCAGAAGCUUUAUGGAAGAUAGAAUAAUCUGCAUAUUUACGAGACGAGCUUGUAUACCAGUAUUUCAAUAUUUCAGUGACUGAAACUGUGAUUCCUGUAGCUGUGCACUGCCAGUUUUUCAGAGGGCCCUUUCGCAUAUAGGUAUUUUAAUAGGAAUC